GCAUUCAUCUUAUCGAUCCAAAGGAGAUCCGCUCAGCCUUGCCCAGACUGAUAGGACAACCUGGAAGUCCAGGCUGCAAGCAAAGCAGAUUUCUUUUGUUCGAGCCGGUAGGUUUCCCUAGCCUUCUGCCUGGGAAGAGAUCAAACGUGGAUGCAUCUUUCGCGAUAAUUAGCUGCUGCCGCGGGUCCUCCCGAGGUUGCCUGCAGGAAAGUUCCAAGAUUUUAGCCCUGCCAACUCACUCUCCCCUGGCGCUGGUCGGCCUAUCUCGGGUGUGUUAGCGUUUUCCAACCAUGCCGGCUUCCGCGCCACCUAACCCGGAAGCCGGAACCAGCCACGUGGUGGUCGCCGGGGCAGACGACAUAAUCGCGAAGAGGGCUCAUUAUGCGCCGCCAUGGGCCGAUGUGAGCAUAAUUGGCAUCGCCGGCAGCUCUGGCUCAGGCAAGUCGACACUGUCACAAGCCAUCGUGAACAAGCUCAAUCUGCCAUGGGUCGUUAUCCUUUCCAUCGACUCGUUCUACAAGAGUCUGGACGAGGAGUCGUCCAAAAAAGCUUUUCGAAAUGAGUAUGACUUUGACUCGCCAGAUGCCCUAGACUUUGAUGUCCUGGUAGACCGCUUGCGAGACCUCAAGGCUGGGAAACGGGCCGAGAUCCCUGUGUACUCCUUUGAGAAGCAUGCCCGCCUUGACCGGACAACAUCCAUCUACUCACCGCACGUCCUUAUCCUAGAGGGCAUCUUUGCCCUCUAUGACCCUAGGAUCCUCGAAUUGAUGGACAUGAAGAUCUUCUGUGAGGCCGACGCAGAUACCUGCCUCUCGAGAAGGAUACUGCGCGACCAAAGGGACCGCGGCCGCGACAUUGAAGGUAUUAUCAAGCAAUGGUUCACAUUUGUAAAACCGAAUUUCGAGAAGUAUGUCAACCCUCAAAAGAACGUUGCCGAUAUCAUCGUUCCUCGAGGCGUUGAGAAUCAUGUGGCCAUGUCAAUGGUGGUCCAGUUUAUACAGCAGAAACUACUUGAGAAAUCGACUCACCACCGUGCAGCCCUUACACGCCUUGAGAUUGGGGCCAGCUCCGAGCCGCUCUCGAAGAAGGUGGUGGUCCUGAAGCCGACGUCACAGCUCCGCGGUAUGAACACCAUCAUCCACGAUAUCGACACAUCCAGCGAGGAUUUUAUAUUUUACUUUGAUCGUUUCACAGCCUUGCUCGUGGAAGAGGCGUUCAACAAGAUUCCGUUCGUCUCGGCAGAGAUUACCACGCCCCAGGGCCUUCCAUACGCCGGGCUACGUCCCAAAGGGGAGGUUUCUGCAGUCAUUGUCCUCCGUGGUGGUGCGGCACUGGAAGCGGGGCUCAAACGUGUGAUUACGGACUGUAAGACGGGAAGGGUGCUGAUCCAGAGCAACAUUCGGACCGGCGAGCCCGAGUUGCACUUCCUGGUCUUACCCAAGGACAUCGACCAGCACGAAGCGGUACUGCUCCUCGACGCCCAAAUGAGCAGCGGAGGCUCGGCCCUUAUGGCCGUGCAAGUGCUGGUAGACCACGGAGUCAAGGUAGACCGGAUUGUCUUGGUCACGUACAGCGCUGGCCGGAUGGGUCUCCACCGAUUAACCAAGGCGUUUCCGGAGAUUACGGUCGUGGUGGGCAAUGUCGUUCAGGACACGGAGCAGAGAUGGGUCGAGAAGAGGUAUUUUCGGUGCUAGAGAUGCUGGUUUGACGGGCUGGGUAGCGUUGACCCUGCAUCGGAAGGGUCAAUGCUAGCUCCAAUUGGUGGGUUAGAAGUUGACAUCGACUCAGAGUUGGAAAUACGUCUUGAAUUAACGCAUUGGAUUGCCAACGGAGACGAAUAUCUAAAGGUGUUGAUAUAUCGCUCAGAAGCCACUAUUUUGGCGUUUUCAGUCCAAAGACCCUACCAAUGAAAGCAUAUAUCACUCUUCCCAAUCAUACUAGACAGGGAAUCCCUCGAAAGCCGACUUCGCGUUACUGUAUGACUGUAUGU